CGAAUGACAGAGGUACACAAAUACACUAUCUUUUACCCCAAUUUUCCUCAUUUUUUGGUGACUGGAGAGUCACUGUGAUGGCACUUAAAUCGAUGCGUUUCAUGUCAAGAUCUUGGCCCGUCAGAUGUGGACUUAUUGGAAUCGCUCAAUCACAGAUCGCCCUCUAUCAUGGAGGAGGGACAGCCGGGAAGGCAUCAAACACGCUUGUGGUUGACCUACGCAGUGACACUGUUACUCUCCCUAAUAAAGCCAUGAGGGAUGCUAUGCACAGUGCUGAUGUAGGUGACGAUGUGUACGGGGAAGAUCCAUCUAUCAAUAAUCUCCAGGAGAAAGUAGCCAAACUAUUCAACAAAGAAGCUGCCCUUUUUGUGCCAACUGGGACAAUGGGAAAUCUUAUAUCAUGUAUGAUUCAUUGUAAUCAGAGAGGACUUGAAUGUAUACUUGGAGAUAAGUCACACAUAUUCCUGUAUGAGCAGGGUGGAAUAGCACAGAUUGCUGGAGUGCAGCCCCAUGCAAUCCCGAACAAUCCAGAUGGAACGUUUAGUAUACACGCCUUGAAAUCGAGCAUUCGACCACUAAAUGAUGUUCACCAGCCAUUAACCCGCCUUGUUUGUAUGGAGAAUACGCAUAACUUCUGCGGUGGGAAAGUGCUACCAUUAUCCUUUAUGAAAGAGGUCUAUGAAAGCUCAAAGGCGGCAGAUCUCGUUGUCCAUAUGGACGGAGCUAGAUUAAUGAAUUCUGCGGUUGCUAUGGAUCUUCCCCCAUCAGAAAUCCUUCAGUACUGUGAUUCUGUUAACAUGUGCUUCUCAAAGGGACUUGGGGCUCCUGUUGGUUCUGUGAUAGCAGGAAAAAGUGAAUUUAUUGAAAGCGCAGUGAGAGUGCGGAAGGUGCUAGGAGGAGGGAUGAGGCAAGCUGGGAUACUAGCUGCUGCGUCAUCUGUGGCGCUGGACCAGGCACAAACGACACUCACUGCGGACCACAGACAUGCUAAGAUGUUAGCUGCAGAAUUGAGUUCCAUUGAUAAUGGUGUGGUCAAAGUGAACCUUGAUGGUAUUCAUACCAACAUAGUCAUGAUUGAUGUAACCAAGCACACCCUAACUGCUGCUCAACUAAGCACCAGAUUAAUGCAGGUUACAGAACAAGAAAAGUUGGACCUCAAGGACAGUAUAGUGGUGAAGACUUUAGCUUUUGGAUACAAAUUAUUGCGAUAUGUGACAAAUUACAAUGUAACAGAAGAAGACAUUCAUCAUGCUGCAAGAAAAUUCAAAUACGUUUUGCAGGAAUAUUCUUGAGUUUGUGACUAAUUAUUUGAACAUAUUGGUUGAUUUGUUUCAAAGUGGUGAAACACACUCUUCCAAUUGUGUUUAGCGGCAUGUAUGAACCUUAUUCUGAUUUUCAGCCCCCCCCCCGUACGCAAAGAAUGGUUAAAAUGUAAAUAUACACAACUGACUGCCCAAAUUCUUGACAAUACCUCCCUCUCCCACAGAUGCAUUCAUACUUAAAUACUGUUAAAGUAUGGCUACCCUGCAUUACAAAGAUUCUUUGUAAUGCAGUAAUACAUCACUCCAUACAAGCAUACGGUGCUAUACAUGGUCAGUGAACUUUUCUUCCCUCAUGUAUAGCACCGUAUGCUUGUAUGGAGUGAUGUAUCCUGUUACUGGUGAAUAUUUUUAAACCAAGUUGUUCAAAGUGUCACAUUUUUUAUUGAUCUUAUUGAUGACCAAAGUGACAUAUUUAAACUAAUGUGUUAUUUAUAUCUCUCAGGUUACAGUGUCAAUAUAAUUUUUCUUGCAUUUUAUUUGUUAAUUCUUUAUUCACAAUUUUUGCUAUAUAUCGGCACUCCUGACAUACACCCUACUGAGUGUCCCAGAGAGAAUAAUGGCUAUGAAAUAGUUCUGUGCCUUUAUUAUUGCAGGACCUCUCUGUAAAAUAUCUUAUUCAUAGGCUUAGUCUUCUGUGGGGUCGUUUAGCUAGUCACCUCUCAUACUGGUUCAGUGAUUGGGUAAAACUUGAAAUUUUCAUGGCAUUAUUUUUCAAUUUGCUAUGAAAUAAUUUCUGAAUAUUCCACUGUUUGAAGUAUACAUGUAUAGUCAACUGCUUUUUUUACCAUGAGUGCGAUGGGAUUCACACAGUCUCAAAUGAAGAGUUUUCUUGGAAAACCAAUGAAUGCUAAAUCCUAGUUUUGAAGUUGAUUUCUUCACAGCAUAGAACUUUCUAAAGAAUUUUCCAACAAAAUUCCAAACUUUGUUGUUUUUUUCUCAGAAGUCUAAAUGGUACGGUAAUAAUGAUUUUGCAAUGAAACUCUUCAAAGUUUUAUGUGUAUUGACCAUCUUGCACUUAUGGGAUGAUAUUGAGGUAUUUCUAGCUUAUAGUAGAUGGAUUUUUAAUGCUGACAAGGUAUUGGUGUUUUAAACAGUAUUUUCUUCUCACCAUAAUGUAGUUAGCCUCUUGUUAUUGAUUGAUCUAGCUCAAUUUUAACCCUGUUCUUCCUGUUGUUUUAAAAACAAUCGCAAAUUUUUAAUCGUGCGUAGAACUACAUGUAUCAUCAUUGUUGAUUUUUAUGAUUUAGAAUAUGUUGUUUUGGUUCAUGAAUAGAAAAUGUAGAACGAUAUAUGCUGAGUGGUUGAAACUUAAAUUGAUUGCGGUCCAAUGUAGACCUGUUGUAUGAAUGAAUAAUGAUUUAUGAGAAUGAUAACCCAUUAUUGAUAUGACUUUAAUUCAUGUGUGAUAAUAAAUCCAAGGUGUGGUA